CUUUUAGAAGUACAACUGAACAUAAUCCUGUCAUGGAUUAUCUGAAGACGAUUACAUCUUAAUCUAGCCAUCUGUCAGAAAGCCACACCAAAGAAGUAAAUAGAUUUAGCCUCACUAUUUUAAACCAGAAUUUAAUAUAACAAAAGUUAGAAAAAACAGUCCCUUUCUUUAGUUUCAGGAUAGUGUAUUAGAUUUUUAACUUUGGAAGAGCCAGAGCAGUAAAGAUGGAAGACGUAUAUCUUCUUAAAACAAAGGGAGUCCAGAAGAAGAUACUUCAUGGUGGAUAUGGAAGCAUUCCAAAAUUUGUACAUGGAACAAAACUAAACUUCCACUUUCAGACUCUGAAGUGUGAUUUUGAGAGAACAGUUAUUGAUGAUAGUCGCAAAGGCAGAUUUCCCAUGGAGAUCAUUGUAGGGAAGAUGUUUAAAAUGGAGGUUUGGGAAAUUCUGCUGACUACCAUGAGAACUGGAGAGGUUGCCGAAUUUUGGUGUGACAGUAUCCACACUGGGAUGUACCCUCUUGUAUCGAAAGGUUUGCGAAAGAUCGCUGAGGGAAAAGAUCCUUUAGAAGGCCAGAGACACACAUGCGGCCUGGGGAAUAUGUUUGACUAUCACACUACAGGCUAUGAUGAUCUGGAUGACCUCAUGAAGGAGCCACAAGCACUCAUCUUCAUUAUGGAGCUGAUCCAGGUGUCUGAUCCAUUCUCCUAUAAAAUGGAUUCCUGGGCAAUGAAUACAAACGAAAAAUUGAAGAUAGUUCCUGUUCUGCACCGUGAAGGAAAUGAACUGGUCAAAUUGAAACGUUAUAGAGAUGCAUCUGAGAAGUACAGAGAGGCAGUCAUAUGCCUGAGAAAUAUACAGGCCAAGGUGAAGCCUAAAGAAGAUGAUUGGGUGCGGCUGGAGAAUCUGCUGACCCCACUCGUUUUGAAUUACUGCCAAUGUAUGCUUGAGUUGGAAGAGUAUUACGAAGUACUAGAGCAUACAACUGAGCUUCUCCUGAAACAUUCAGGUAAUAUAAAAGCUUAUUACAAGCGUGGCAAGGCCCACACAGCAUUAUGGAAUAAGAAGGAAGCUCGACAGGACUUUCUGACAGUCCUUAAUCUAGACCCAACAUUGGCCCCUGUUAUUUACAAGGAGUUAAAAUUGCUGGGAGAAAGAAUGAAGGUUAAAUAUUAUGAAGAGAAGCAAGCAUACUGGGGCUUCCUACAGAACCACAAAGAGCAGAAGAAAAACGAGCAUAGCAAGGAAGAAGUCAAAGAAAAUGAUUCAAAGAAGGAAGAAGACAAAAAAAAGGAAGAAAACACAAAUGAAGAAAUUAGCCAAGAAAAUGUAAUGCUAGUAAAAGGGGAUGAGAAACAUGAGGAAGAUGAAUCAUUGAGGAGUAAGAAUGUGUCAGAGAAUCAUAAAGAAGAGGUUUGUGAAAAUGAGGUGCUAGAGAAAAAUGCUACAGAUAUGGACACUAGAAAGCUACCGACUUUCAAAGCUGAUAAAUUUGCUUCAAUGACAGCUGAAAAAAGCAAGGAAGAAAUGCUCAGACUGACACCCGUGCUGCACAAUGAAGGAAACUACUUGUUUAAAGAAAAAAAUUACAGUGAGGCUUCUGAAAAAUACUGGGAAGCCAUUGUCUAUUUAAGAUACAUUCAAGCUAGGGAAAAUCCUGAAGAUGAUGACUGGGUGUCUCUGGAGAAUCUUCUUAUCCCACUGAUUCUGAAUUACUGCCAGUGUAUGCUGGAGUUAGAAGAACAUUAUGAAGUCCUGCAACAUACAUCAGAGCUUCUCAAUAAGCACCCUGAUAAUUUGAAGGCUUAUUACAAGCGUGGGAAGGCAAAUGCAACUCUUUGCCAUGAAAGAGAGGCACGGUGUGACUUCCAUAUGGUGUCAAAAUUGGACCCCACUUUUGGUCCCAGCUUGCGCACUGAGCUAAAGCAUAUGGGGGAAAUGAUUAGAACAAAACACAGCAAAGAAAAGAAGAACUACUGGAGCGUUAUGCAGGAAAAGAAGGAGAAGUCCUAUAACUCUAUCAAAAGUGAAGAGGAAAUAAUGAAGAAAGACAAGCCAUCAAAGUGAAGCAGGCCAAGGUGCAAAAGGAAGCAACAGACAGUGUAGAAAACUGAAAGGAAUGUGCAACUGUAUGAAUACGAGUGAAAAAGAUCCGCAAUGCAUAGGCAAUACAUUUCUCCAAAACAUAAGAUAAGUAAAUGUUAGAAAUGUGUAUGGGAGCACUAGAUAAAGAACCAUGUAGAAACAGAAGUGAGGCAGGCCCUUUUAGACCCAGUAUGAUUUUAAACUUUCCUAUUGAGAAUUGAUAUAUAUAAAUUAAAAUAUAGUGAAUUAUCAAUGGUAGAGAAACCACAGGGGAUUUCAAGUUGAGGUCUGUGGAGUCCUAAUUCCCUGGAAGUACACUUGCACAUUUUUAAGGCAAUCCAGAUGUGUAAAAGAGGUUGUAGUA